AUGCUCCACCAGCUCUCCCGUCUCCUCUCAGGAGAGAAGAGACAGCGGCUGCUGUCUGCUGCUGUCGGCCCUCUCUACUCAGCAGCAGCCUCAGAAGCGCUGUCUCUUCGUCUUGCAGCACAAAGAGCAGCACUUCUUACAGCUUACGGUCUCCAACUGCAGCAGCAAAAACAAGAUACAGAAGCCAAUACGCUGAAUGGUGUCUCCUUGCAGCAGCUAACAGGCGUCAGCACCCGCUUCUGUCUGGAGCCCCCGCUGCACUUGUUAGGGUGUCUCUGCGACUGCCGUAUCCUGCAGCAGCAGCAGCAGCAGAAGCACCUCUGGCGCUACAGCAGCAGCAGCAGCAGCAACAGCAGCAGCAGAUGGUUCGUCGGCUAUGCAACCAGCCGUCAGCUUGCAGCAACCGGAGCAGCAAGGGGCCUCAGAGAUCCUCUCUCAAACUUCCGCCGCUGCAGCAGCAGCAGCAGCAGCAGCAGUGAUCCUCUGGAGCAGCAGCAGCAGGAGCAGCUGCAGCAGCAACGCGCAUUGCUGCCGCACCCUCUGUACGGUGUAUCUGAUGCUGCUUGUUGUCUCUGUAUUGAGGUAAAGAAGCAGCUAACAGCUGGCAGCAGCAGCAACUGUCUCUCUGCUGCAGUGUUGUCUCUUUGGGGUGUCUGUACUAAUAAGCCCCUUAGCAGCAGCAGCAGCACCAGCAGCAGCAGCAAGAACAAAACCAGCAGCAAAAGUGAAUCCAGCAGCAGCAGCAGCAACAACAGCAAGCUGCAGCAAGACAAGCCGCAGCAGCUAAGCGCUGCUGCUGCUGCCUUCGCUCGCCUCAGCAGAGAUGAAUUCCUUGACACCCAGCGAGCAGUUGCAGCAGCUGUAGCCAGGGAGGCGAUAAUCCGCAGGAGGGUUUGCUUAGCCCCGCAGAUUGAUAUUGCGAAGUGUCUCCACUAUAAGCCCGAAGAAAAACCCCCAGUGCCAGCAGCAGCAGCAGCAGCAGCAGCAACAGCAGCAGCAGCAGCAGGAGCAGCAAAAGGGGCAGCAGCAACAGCAGCAGAAGCAGCAGGAGCUGCUGCUGCGGAGGCGGCGACGCCUAAGCGAAGAGCACCAACAGCAGCAGCAACAGCAGCAGCAGCAGCCGCAUUGUCUCCUUUAAGGAGAUGGGCUGGUCUGGUCGGCACCACCAAAGAGGGGAUGUCUCUUGAGGCAUUAUGGAGGGGGGCGAGGGGCAGCGGAGAGCAGCAGCAGCAGCGGCUACCUCAGCGCUUUUGGUUGCAUUUAAUUGAUAAUUUUGAGUUAAACUUCGUCCCUAAGCUGUCGAUUAAACCCCACAGUAUAACUUCAUUACCUUCAGCUGUACAGGCAGCUCAAAGAAAAACAUAUAAAGAUGUUGCAAGGGGCUGCGGCAGCUUGCUGCCCCCUGACCCCGCAUCGCCUUUGAACGGCAGCGACUGUACAUUCAUUCGCUCGCUUGCAGACCUCUACGCAUUCAUACAAGACCUAGAAUCUUGGGGUAAAGACUUUAUUAUAGACCCCUAUAAAAUAUAUUCACAUAUAUAUAAACUUAACGCUCUUACUGCAAACCCUAAUAUACUUAAAGUCUUCUGCGGGGCCCAACAACAAAUCCUAUAUCUACAGCGGGAUUUCAGCGUAUACGUGGUGAACUGUUUCGAUUUGGCGGCUGCGGAGGCUUUCUUUGCUUCUUCAUCUGUCUCUUCAUCAUCUGUCUCUUCAUCAUCUGUCUCUUCUUCAUCUGUCUCUUCUGCGUCUAUUUUGUUUAAAUAUCUGGGGAUUAAACUUAAAAGAAUCACUGAGGAAGAGUGGAUAGAACGGCCUUUAAGCCCUCGGGUAAUAUCUGCAUUGGUGAAGGAAAUUCAUUUCCUUCCUUAUCUUUCACUCUGUCUCUACAACAGACUCGCAGCCUCUGCAAGCCC